CGUGGAUCACGUCUGCCGCCGCGAGCCAUGAGAGCGAUCCGUUGCACGACAGCCGCACGGAGUCGGCGCGAGCUGCUGCAAUAGCCGCUGACGCGAGUGGUCCAUGCGUUACAGCGCUGCGCGUGAUAACCGCCGGCACUCAAAGGCGAGUACGAGCGCCGGGCAAAUCGGUGCGUGCGUGUGGUGCAGCGUAGCGUACCCCGCUAAUCCAUUCCGUGCCGAGCAGGCGGGUGCGUGUGACGUGAAUGCGUGCGUGCGUGCGUGUUGAGGGUGCGUACGGGUGUGCGCGCGCACUGCGCCACGCGGGGUGUCUCUCUCUUUCUGUGUGAGGCUACCGACGUUGAUGGUGGUGUAGCGCUAUUACUACGAGUACUACGACUACUGCUGCUGCUGUUGUUCUUGAAGGAAGUUGUCAGCGCUGUGGUGGUGGUGCUCCGAGCGUAGUAUCUGAUCACGUGUCUACUUUCAAACUCGCACCGUGAAAGUCGGGGGGUGGUGGUUGAGAGGGGAAAGGAUCGUCUACCUUGACUGUCGGUUUGACCCCCCUGCAGGGUUUCUGAGCGGAUACUAACCUGUGCAUACGGGGUGUGUGUGUGUUACCUGUGCGUGCUCAUGUGUAGGUGAGUGUGCGACACCUGCCGACUGGCCAGGUCACCCAGGACAGGUGUGUAGGUGUGGCCGGACAUCGAGGGUACUUCACGGAGCAAGGAUUUCGUCUACAGAAGGUAGUCAGGUGUAAUUCAACAGCACCUGCUCCUUGGCACUGCGCAUUCGCGCUGCUUUGAAAAGGGAUAAUCAUCUCUUGGCUCCCUGCCAGUCAAAGGGGCAUAGGGCACACGGCAUAUCGGAGGGGGCACAGGGCACGUCAGCGAGGGUACGGUCUACAUCCAAGCGACGCUCGUUCCAGAGGUGGAGGGAGGAGGAAGGAAGAUCUUGGGGGAGGGACCGUCGAUGGAAGGGGGCGUCACUCCCUCGUCUCCCCUCCACUGACACGAGAGGAUUGCGAGAGAAAGAGAGAACGUCAGCAGUUAUGUUCGCUUGGCUGCCUACUUUGUCAGCAGCUGGAAGAGCGGUGUCUUUGGGUGAUUAGUUCACCAGGAGUCCUCCGAUCAGCAAGCAAACGACUGUCGACUCACGAGAAAAGCGGGAGGAAAAGACGGAGAAGAAAACAAAAAAUAAAAGGAUAAAAUGCCAGUGCUGCCGUGCGGUCCUCCAGUGCACUCGGAUUCUGUGGGAACUGAUCGUCGCUAUGCACUGAUGUCAGACGGGAUGUAGAACAACCUUUGGAAGGUUCUUACCACCGUUAGGCGGCGCUGCAUGUCUGUAAAGGUGGUGGAUCGCCACAUCUUCCUCUGGACGACCUGUUUCGCCAUUCUUUCAUCACACACGAGGACUGCCCCUGCCAACAACGGAGGCCAUGUGAUUCAGGACCUCCUACCCUCGUGCUUUGACACCUUCGGGAUUAUUUAAGUUUGUUGUUGGGUCAGAUUGGUGGAGGUGAAGUUUUCGGGCCGCGGAAACAUCGUCACGUGAUGACAACAUCCGGGUUGUGGCCGUGCGGCGACGAGAAUGUGAUCUGUGAGAAAAGGGAGAGCACUGCCACUUUGUCAGCAUGAGUACUGUGCACGUGGGCUCGCCAGCGCACGGAGUAUGUGUCAGCGCCUCAUUGCUGGGAUUACUCUUGUGGAUCAUCCUGUCCUCAGUGUCAGCUGCCAGACCACUCCGCUACACGCUGCCCACGUUCUUGGACACACCCACCAACAUCACCGCCUACCGCGGGACCGACGUCCUCCUGCCCUGCGCGGUCCACAACCUGGGUCCCAAAUCGGUCAGUGAAGUGGUGUGGAAGAAGUUCAACCAGGUCCACCCCAUCACCAUCGGCGAGUACGUGUACGACCCGGACUCCAGCUACGCCGUGGACCGGCCAGAAAAACACGAAAGUGCGGAAUGGAACCUGCGCAUCAACGACGUGCAGGCCAAGCACGCGGGCACGUACGAGUGUCAGAUCACCACCAAGGAGGACUUCACGCGCAACGUCACGCUCACGGUCAUAGAUUCUAAGCCACCGUUCAAUCCAGACUACACGUAUGAUGGAAGCAAGCAAUACCCAGAGGACACAGGCAUCAGGCUGGAUGGCAGUCAGUUCGUUGAGAAGGGCAUGGCCAUCGUCCUAAACUGCACGGCCACGGCCAUAGAUUACCGCCCCAAGGGCGUGGACUGGUUCAAAGACGGCAACAAGUUAAAGUCUGAUUCUCACACGUUGAUCACAGAAUACCAGUCGAGCGAGAAUAACAUCUUGCACAGCACCCUCGAAAUUCUGCGCAGCAAUAUGACGGACGCUGGCAUGUAUGUAUGCCGCAGUUCCAAAUUCCACGUGGCCAGCCGAAAAGUCAUUGUUCUCAACACGGAGUCGUCAAAUAAGCGUAGAGAGUCGGAAGCGGUGAGUGAGACGAUGGAAGAGAAGGUGGCCCCUAAUCUCUAUGGCAGUGCGAGUAGCCACAGAGGCAUGGCCGCCACAUCAGUUCUGUUGUUCUACGCUCUUCUCUGCUGGCCCCUCCUGCGAGCAACCGUGGCCCACUUGUCAGGACAGUGACACGGCAGAUACCCGGGGUAUCUUGGUAGUGAUACGUCCUCUAAGACUGCACUUGGCUUGAUUUCCCUCCCCCCACACACGUGACGUCAGAGGGUUCCCUCCCGUUCAGCACUCGUUUAAGGGGCCAGCAACUUCAGACCUCUUGAGAAGAUUCUGUUGGUGUUUAUGUAGCGUAUUUAUGUAUGGAAACAGCAAGUCCGUGUUCAUUCGCUACAGUAUCGCUUCCUGUGUGACGUCACUGCAAAAACUUUAGCCCUUGGACCCUUCCUUACACAAAGUUGUGGGAUGGACGACUUUCUUAAGGCUAACGACUCUCCGGAAGAACACCCACGGCGCCAGGAUCUGGCAACCCUCGUUCUUGGUCCACAACACAGAAGUGCGACUUCAGGAGUUAGCCAAAGUCCAUCUAAUCCGUACCAAAGAUGCCGUGUUGAAGACGCAGCCAGAAUGCGCUCUAGAUGAGCCAAAUCGGGAAAGUUUAUCUUCAAAAUUACACAUUUUCUAUGGUCAUGAAGUUUGCCCCAAACGGGAAUUUUAUUAACUGUUAAACAGAUUCAUCUCUGCGCAGGCAAAGUCCAAGGGUUGUGAAUGUCUCAGCAGCUUGUUCUUGGGCAUCUGAGUAUAAAAUUAAUUCUGAUUUAUCUUUUCCCUUCCCUAAGCUAAAGAAGGGGAAAAGUGUGAUCUUUGAUCUUCAGUCAGCUCCACCUGGACCACAGAGCGCUUGCUGAAGGUGAACCUAACCUCACAAACAGUGCAAAGAUCAGGGACCUGAGUGACUCUCAUGUCAGGAAGGACAGAUUCUUACCGAUGAACGGUAUCUGAGGUUUUCACAUUUUACUUGUCCAGGAAAGUAAAAAUGAAGUUAGAACUGAAUGUUUUUAAAAAGAAACGUAAACUGGACCCCGCUUUUUUUUUAAUUCUUUUGUCUACAAUGGGUGACGCGCAUGCGCUUUCUGGAUAUUUCCGGUGUCUGAGAGCUCAGGAAAGGUCUGACAACUCACAAAAUAAUAAGAGAGAAAGAGAGAGAGAGCGAGCACUUCUGUUGUGUCUUAUAUUUUUUAUUCAGGGAGAUAUGAAUGUCUGCAGGACGGCACAAUUCUAAGACAAAGGAAAGAUUCGGCUUACUAUCGGCAGGCUACAGAAGGAAGAAACUGUGUAUAUAUUUUUGAAGUGGCUAAGAUGGAACACGAUUUCACCGUGAUUUCUUUGUCUUUCAUGCGUCUUUCUAUUGAAAUCAGAGGUAGGGCCUUACAGAUGAAACAGCUCCAAAACGAAACUCAUAUUUUUCGUACUGGUCCCUUUUUUUUAUGCUGAACAUAAUUUGCAAUAAUAUUUAUUAAUUUAGUAUGUUUUCGGUUUAUCGACUCAUUGAUGCAGCAGAAAAUGCUUAAUCUAUUUAAAAAAUCAACUGGACUAGAAAGUACUUUGCAAUGUAGUUUGCAAGUCUCUUUUUAAAGUUGCUUUAAAUAUUUGGGGCAUGUGCCACUUUAAAACAGUUCUUUGAUACAAAUAUAUUUAGUCUAAAGAAAUAGAAACAUCUUAAUAUUCUCGACAAAUGCUUAAGGAAGUAAUUAUACUGAGCGAAGACUUAAGAACUGUCAAGUAGUUAAUUAAAAUGCCUUUCGUAGUGUUUGCAAGUUUUGGUCUCAAGUCACUACAGAAACACUUGAGACCAGCCUGAUGAAUAGCGAUUGUUAAUCUAGGAAAGUUUCGAGAAAACCCUAGGGUAAUUAAGACCAGCGCUCCGCUUCGACUCCACGAAGUCCCAGCUUUCAUUAAAAUAAAUUAAUUGCAACCACAGUGAGUGUUCCACAGUACUUCUGUUUAGAAUUUACACUCGUCUGGGAUCUUUAAACAUAACAUCGCAAAUACGUCCAGAAUCGAGGUCCAGCAGACUACUCCUUGUUUCCUUUGGGAAAACAGAAAAUUUACGAGUUAGGGAAUAAGGGACAGAAGUUGUAAAACAUUGGACUGCGAUAUCCAGCAGUUAUGCUCCCAACUUUGUAAGUGAAACUUUAAAAUUCUUUUCUCUCUUAUUAUUUUUGCACAUUGUUCAGCACAACUUUCAGGAUCCCUCGUCUCCCCGAGGAGUGUCGCGGCUGUUCCUACCAGAUAUUUAAACUAUUAUCAUGCCUUCAGGGAAGUAGGAAAAUGGUUCCGAACUUUCCAUCGCUGAGAAAGUCGUUAUUUAUUGCUGUCGUAUAAAGAUUAAGGAAAAUCCUGGAUGAUGCCACAUUCAAUGAUUGUAAGUGGAUUGUCUAAUCUUACGUCUAUUGCUCAGUCCCUCCGUUUGUUUGUUUGUUUGUUUGUUUGUUUGUUUGUUUGUUUGUUGGUUGGUUGGUUGGUUUGUUUGUUUUCGUGUGUUUUUGUAUGUGCGCAUGGAUGAGUUCCAACAGUAAUAAGUCUUGCUCCUAAUUUACAUAGGUAAAUGCAGAUUACGAUGGUGCCAUUUUCCAAGAGUACAUCCUUACAUUUCUUUUCUAAUUAAUCAUAAAUUACAUAAAGGGAUUUAAUACAAUGCCCGGUUCCCUAAUGUUACCUACUCCUUCUUUUGAAUUAAACCGCUUGAGAAGGCUGAACUUUUCGAAGAGCUUUUUAGGCAUCUAUUCUAUAAUAUUCAUUGCAAUUCUUUUGAACAGAACAACACCCAUACAGUGUGUUCCGGCUGCCUGUUAGUUUUGAUGUAUUCUCUUGCCUACAGCUCUAUCGUCUCCUGAGAAAUGUCCCCACCAGAUGAAAUGCUAGCUUACAUUCAUGGCUAACUUAUUUGUUAACAUUAUUAUAGUUUUGAAUGUUUUGUCGUCUUCUUAAGAGCUGGAAUCAAAUGUGGGAUUUUACAGCCAUAUUUGUUUUGCCAGUAGUGACCAUCGUGACAUAGGGUCACGUGAUGUUCCGGUGGCGAUGGUAAAAUGUCUUGUUUCAAGACCCAGACAGCUUGAGGUUCAGACAUCAAGACAGACGACAAGAGAAAACUGUGAGACAUUCCGAUGAUUAACAAUCUGCUUGGGGUUUAGGAAGUUAAGGCGGGAAAGAAAAGUAAAAUUUAAAUUUUUCUGAACAUAUUGUAUUUUCUGGCCGACAUUUCAUACAGUUUAUAUAAAAACAAAACUGGUCGAAAACAAAUUUUAAAAAUAUGAAAUAUGGUCAGCGCCCUACUUAAAUACCCUAAGUUGAAGUUCUUUGUGUUUGGACUCUGUUUGGUUCUGUAACUUUGCUUUUGUAAAAAUAAACUACCUGAGAGAUUUUUAACCUACCUCAGCACCGCUUCGCUUGGCAAGUUAAAGAUCCGUGUUUCGGGGGAUUUUUGUUUUUGUUUUUUUUUUUAUUUAUUUUGUUUUUUUUUUUUUGCUUGUUUCAUUUUUUUUUUAAGAUUACUGAGAGCGUCACUUGAUGGGCACACAAUGAGCCGGGAAAUGUUUAUUGUUUUCUUAAACUCCUUUAUAGAAAGACUUUUUCUUUAAAGAUCCACUACACAGCUCAGACUUGGUCCUGAGACCUGUAAACCCCUACUUGCUACUGGAAGCCCUGACACACUAUUCUCCUCGUUUACCUCCCGUAGCUGUGGACUAGAGGACAAAGUUCUGGGCCCAGUCCACCAGCAAAGUCCUCACAACACAGAGAGACUCAACAGUAGAAGUCAGACGACCUAAAAGUCUGCCUUGCUUUCUGUUCAAAGCAUCCUCAAUAGGGUCUUCUCAGGGGCACAGCUAUGUCAGGCAACCUUUGGGGCAGCUACGUAUAUCCGGUCUACACCUAAGCCCCUGCUGCCUCCUUCGUUAGUUAUAAGGCCACGUUUAAAUGUUUGGAAAAUUCGUUGAUUUAAGUUGUGAACAUACUGAUCCUGAUUUUAUUUUCACUUCACCUAUUUUCUGUUUUAAAUAAUUCAUGUUUAAACAUGUUAGUGCAUAGCCUUUAAUAUAACUUAUAUAACUAGUAUCAUCGAGCACCCUAAGGUUUAGUUCGGGGAUGUUUUAUUAAUUUUAUUUAUUUAUAAAAUUCAAAGCAUAAAAUGUUUAAGUUAUUUGGUUGUUAAGAGCUGGUCACCUGGUUAAUUCCAAUCGUUUCCAUGUAAGUCUGUUGUAAGCUAGAUCACAUUCAAAAAGAAAACAGUUCAAUAAGAUUAAACAAUUCUUCUUAACAGUUCUUCAGUUUGAACCUUUGGAUAGCAGGCCAUAGCUGUAAUGUAUAUUCAGUACAACAUGUUAGAGAUGUUAUUCAUUCCGCGUGUUGUAAGGUAUUUCCGUUGUAGCAAAUUGUUUGUGGUUGAUAAGUCCUUGUCUACACAAAGUAAAAAGUGAGAUGUCGUGACUGAAUUCAUAGGAAUGCCAUGCCUGACUUAAUCCACACUUGCGAAAUUAAUUUAGGAGGAAAUGCUCUUAUUAUAAAGGUGUCACAUCUCUGAGCAAUAAGAAAAAUCCUAGUUGUCUGUGUGCACAUCUUCUAAGUGGAUUCUUAGUAUUGAGAAUAUUUUGCAUGGUAGAGUUUAGUAGUACGGUGCACGGCAUUUCAAGGUAGCUACUUCCUUGCAACAAACCUGAUGAGGAAAAUACGAGUUUCAGAUUUCCACCAUCCCGGUCAGCCAUUCAUUUACAGCAAAACUGUUGUUUUCUAACUUAUAACAUGAAAUAGUGAUUAUUACUUUCUUCUUCAUCAACUGAAGGGAUUUAUUUAUUUAUGUUCGUUUAUUUUUUUAAAGCAUUGCAUUCUCGUAUUCCGAUAUUCCUGAUCCAUUAAAAAUUUGACUUGAUGGUUGGGCAGGUUGGAGUUAGGUACGCCUCGUGUCAUCCUGACGACCUCUGACCUCAAAGUCCUCAGACGACGGUUACAAUGGGGUCGAAAUUUAGUCUCUCUCUCUCUAAUCUUAGUAUACUGAACUUGAACUAAGUGCAAUACUUUCAUGUUUUGAAGCUUUUUUUUUUAGAUAAUGUUUGGAGACCUAAGAUAUUAUUUUGCUUACAUUUUGCGGUGUGGCGAAGGGCUGCAUGUUGUUGUAUUUCAAGAUGACAAUUAUUCUCUCAUGUUUCGUUCACGCCACCUGUGCCUCAGCGGGAGAGGAUGUGUGUUGUAUACUCGGGAUAUACAAUCACGUGACCUAGCAUAAUUUAUGUUCGUGGCUUCAGUCCUGUCGUGCUGGAAACAAAUCGUCUUCAAGAUUGUGGACAUUUAUGUACGGAAGACAAACGGUUAUUAUCUUUACAAAGAAACAAUCUGAUUGAAAAGUGAAUUUGUUUGAAGUGAACUGAAGUCUAAAAGUGCUACGGAGGUUUGAAAAAAAGCUCUUCUUUCAUCUCUAAACUGGACUCUCUCACACCUUGCCGCAGGCUUUGGGUGACAGUGUUGGCGAUCGAGUGAAAGGCCAAGAAACAAAUGUUCCAGUAAUGAAAAUGUUCGAAAUGUCAAACGAAUGACAGCAGAAGGAUUUUCUCCCAAGACACUGUUUGUAAAAGGCAAACUUUGUUGCAGCAGCAAGGCAGGAAAGAGAUCCUAGGAGAAAUGUGUAUAAAUAGCUGAUACAUGAUUAGUUUUAUGUUCCUGCCUUUCACAUCGUCUUCUGUUGUGUGACCUCGAUACUUCUUAUCUAACCUUCAUCACAGUGAUAAUGCGAAUCAUCCAAAGCACAUAUUGACCCUCUAUUUCUUUAGCUGUUUCUUCCCCUCCUUGGUUUGUUUCGUUUGUAUUUUUGAUAACUGUGACAGAUGGUCAUUUGGUUUGCAUUAUCUAGACUCGUGAGUUUUGUGAAUUUCUGUUCAUACUUUCAGAACAGUGCCGUCCUUUCUUGCAGAUGGCAAACAUCAAUGCAGUUUUACACCAUUUCUCUUCUACUACCUCAGACGCAAUCAAGACAAUGUCUCUUGUAGGCAAUGUAUUUCAUAACACAAAGUACCAUCGCUCCUUAAAAGCAAGAAAAACUAUGGAUAAAGAAAGACACAGCAGGUAGACAUUAGAACAAGCAUGAGUGCUGCGGGCUUUAUCAUUAAGAGAAAGCAGAACUUAAAAAAAAAUCGACUCACCUUGAAAUUUCGCAAGGUAAACUACCACCUAACUCUUUUCUUGUUACGAUGACAUUAGUUAUCAGAUAAUGUCACGAAUCUUCCUUGUUGAGGAAUUGUUUUCGUAUAUAAUUCAACUUCAUUCCUGCAUAAAGCUGUAUUUAGUCAUUAUUUGUCAAGAUCGUUGUAUAUUUCUUGUCCCACCCACACAGGCAUUUCCUUCCUUCCAAUAUAUCAGUCUAGAUUUCGACACACAUUGAAUCCAUAUUUUACUACAACUCAGCCUUGGCUAGUCCAACUGGAAGUUUUGAUUUAGAGAUAUAAGGAUAGUAAAAUGAACUGACAGAAUUUAAAAAAAUUCUUAAUGGGCAGUAAAUACAUCUGCCUACACACGCCUGCUUUCUCUCUCCUGUAUAAAUAAAUUGUCAGACAUGUUUCAUAUUACAAAUAUGCAACAGCUCACCUGCUCUCCACUCAUUUUUUUGGUUACCCAAUACUAAUAGUCGUAAAAUACUGUAGACUAAAGUAAACAAAUGUAAUACAUUACCUCUCUCUAUCUCUCUCACACACACACAAACUAAUUUAGGCAGUUAGCGUCUACAGAAGAGGGUGGUUUAGCAAUUUGUGGAGGUUGUUAGAGAGAAAAAAGGCAGUCCGUCAGUUUCCAUUUUGUUUCAGUUUGUGACAUGCCAACUUAGCCUUCUUUUUCUUUAGAAUACUCACCCCAUACUUUUAUUUGUUACUUCAUCGUUCGACCUGACCUCCUUUCCUCCCCUAUCCCCAUUUCUGUCAAACUUGAAAAGCAGCUUGUGUUUAUUGUGCACUCGGUUUUUAUUUUAACGGUUUUGUAAUUUUGGUCUGUUGGCGACUAGAAGCUUCGUGGAGGGUUUGGCUGACAAAUUAUUAGAAAUCAGAAAUCCCAUCACAAAACAGAGUAAAUCACCUGCAGUUCACCGCAGGCGGUAUUUCAAUUGUACUUGUUUGUAAUACUGUGCACUUCUACUAAUAUGACAUACUGAUUUCAAUUAAAUAGCCUGUAAAUUCUGAGUU